ACAGUGGGACCCAGGCUUUGGGUAGCUGGCUCCAUGCUCUAGCAAAGCCUCACUUGGCAGUGGGGAGGUCCCAAGAAGAGAAGCCAGAUACCCACAUAAAGCAAGCCUGCUUAGCCUUCCAGUGUCCUUCAGAUCUUACCAAAUGAAAGCCAGCUUGCUCCACCUACUGUCAAGCUAGCAUCUUAUUCUCCCCAUUCUUGUCUCUUAAACAACUACUCAAAAAAAGAGAAGCCAUGAAAGUCACCAGCCUAGAAAAUUACAAUCAACUUCAUGAGCUUCAUUUGGAUUCCUCAUCAUGCAAUAGCAAAGUCACAGUUAUUCCUACUGAGAUCACAAUGACGCUGCCAGAGCCUCCCCUGAGCUUGAGAGCCCCCCUCUUCUAAGCAGCAUUUGGAGAUAAAGCUGACUGCCCAGCGGAGAGAUCGGAGAGAUGGUUGAGAUCACCUGGAGAGUGUGCUCAGCCUAACAGGGCCCCUUUCCUUCGAAGCUGAGAGAAAAGCAAAGUGGAAACCACUGAAUCCCUAUGUUCAGCUUUCUUCUGGUUCUUGCUCAAGUACCAACUCUAUGGACCCAGGACAGGUUUGUCCCAUGACCUGCUGUGAACAGUGUGUUGUCUGAUAGAAGAUUCGGUUGGCAAACCAUCUCUCUAUUGCCUUACAGAGCAAGCAAAGAAGAUGGAUCGAUUGAAGAGCCAUCUGACUGUGUGCUUUCUACCUUCUGUGCCCUUUUUAAUCCUAGUAUCCACUCUAGCCACCGCUAAGAGUGUGACUAACAGCACUUUAAAUGGCACUAACGUGGUCUUGGGCUCUGUGCCCGUAAUCAUUGCCAGAACUGACCAUAUCAUAGUCAAGGAAGGGAACAGUGCCUUGAUUAAUUGUAGUGUUUAUGGCAUCCCUGACCCACAGUUCAAGUGGUAUAAUUCCAUUGGCAAGCUGCUGAAAGAAGAAGAGGAUGAGAAGGAGAGAGGAGGAGGAAAAUGGCAAAUGCACGACAGUGGCCUCCUGAACAUCACCAAGGUAUCCUUCUCAGACCGAGGUAAAUACACAUGCGUGGCUUCUAACAUCUACGGCACCGUGAACAACACGGUGACCUUGCGCGUCAUCUUCACCUCUGGAGACAUGGGUGUCUACUACAUGGUUGUGUGCCUGGUGGCCUUCACCAUCGUCAUGGUCCUCAAUAUCACCCGCCUGUGCAUGAUGAGCAGCCACCUCAAGAAGACCGAGAAGGCCAUCAAUGAGUUCUUUAGGACCGAAGGUGCAGAGAAGCUGCAGAAGGCAUUCGAGAUCGCCAAGCGCAUCCCCAUCAUCACCUCCGCCAAAACUCUAGAGCUUGCCAAAGUCACCCAGUUCAAAACCAUGGAGUUCGCCCGCUACAUCGAAGAGCUUGCCAGGAGCGUGCCUCUGCCACCUCUCAUUAUGAACUGCAGGACUAUCAUGGAGGAGAUUAUGGAGGUGGUUGGGCUGGAGGAGCAGGGGCAGAAUUUUGUGAGGCAUACUCCAGAGGGUCAGGAGGCCGCACACAGGGAUGAGGUCUACACAAUCCCCAACUCUCUGAAGCGGAGCGACUCCCCCGCCGCUGACUCGGACGCCUCAUCGCUGCACGAGCAACCUCAGCAAAUCGCCAUCAAGGUGUCAGUUCACCCGCAGUCCAAAAAAGAGCAUGCAGAUGACCAAGAGGGUGGACAGUUUGAAGUCAAAGAUGUAGAGGAGACAGAACUGUCUGCUGAACAUUCCCCCGAAACUGCAGAGCCUUCUACCGAUGUCACGUCCACCGAGCUAACAUCUGAAGAGCCAACACCUGUUGAGGUACCAGAUAAGGUACUGACGCCAGCUUACCUGGAAGCCACAGAGCCAGCAAUGACACAUGACAAAAACACCUGCGUUAUUUACGAAAGCCAUGUCUAAUACCAACCCCAAAAAGCUAUGCAUAUCAAGAAAAUCAGGGGCUGCUCCUUGUAAUACAGAUGUAGUACGCACUUGCCGCUAAGCCUUACCAGGAGACUCUCAUCCCUUAGGUAGGAGUGAUGCCACUUUAAAAGGAGAAACACCUGCCUGCAGUGAAUGGGACUGGAAUUUCCCCAGUAGAAAAGGAUGCGAGAAACAUCAGGGUGCAGAAUUGAUACCAGACAUAAGGUGUCUAUGUGAUAAUGAGUUUUAGAGGCUGAUCUCUGCCAAAUACCUUAAUUCGUGAUGCCUUCUUGGCAAAGAGUACACCACUGUAAGAUAUUCUGAGUUCAAGAACCCUGUCCAAUGCACCCUGCAUUGCUUUUCCUUUUAAAAAGUAUAGGUCUGCUACAAUAGCAAAUGCACGUACGUGGGUUUUUUGCACUUUCUUCUCAGUUUUAAUUUUGCUGUUCCUUUAUAAUGGGGUCAUUGUUAUUAAUACUAAUUGUUCUUUUUGAUUUAGUCCCCAUUGCCAUUUUUGUCCUUACUUUUCCCUAGAACACGUACCUCAGAGACUUUGGUAUCAGUCACCAGUACCAGGGCUGAUAUCUACAAGUCACAUUACAUUUGUCAUGUUCCAAAGUAGUUACGAGGCUUGUUAUUUUUUUUUUUUUCAUUCCCCAGGCCUAUUUUCAUAGAUUGCUUUUUUUGUUUGUUUCCAAUGAAGCUGCUGUUAAACAAAACUGAGAAAAACUUUGCCCCGGAAUAGCACUUUAAUAGUCAAAAAUGUGUUUACCUGUCUGAUUCAAUGAGCCUUUUGGUGAGCUCAGCUGAGAUGUAGAGGGAGAUUGUAAAAGGUUAAAUAUACCCACACCACCCAUGAAAGUCACUGUUUAAGUUACAUCAUCCUCCAAAUAAAGACUGAUUCUUUACCUGGAAAAUGUAUUGCUUCCAAAGUCAUCGGAUUCAGUGGAUUCCUGUAGGUUAUAGAACAUUGGCUUCCAAACAGGCUUGCAGGGACCAUAUGCUGUUGGAUGACAUAUAACCAGGUCCACUUUUGUGAACUGCAUAGCUGACUGGUUGUCCUUAAAGGGGAGAGCGAAAGGUUAGGGUAAUAGCAAAGGGAACUGUGCCAUCAAAUGUUAUGCCAAAACUGUUGAAUAAUUAUUCAGUCCUGCAAGAAAGUGGUUAUAUGUGAGGUGCAUGAUGUUAUGGAAAGAAGACAAAAUUAGUCAUCCAAAGGCUUAAUACCCACUGUGCCAAUAACCAGCUGCCUGGCUUUGGACAAGUCUGGGCCUCAGGUCCCUUAUCUGUAGAAGGGGCAGAUGACAUGAGCUCUGAGCACCGUUGAAAUGGUGUCACUGUCUCACAGAACCAAACCAAUAUUCACAUCCUUGCUCCUUUUCGCAAUCACUUUAAGGAUUUUUGCUUUCAUCUCUCGGUCCACCUAACAUUUUCAUGCUGCAUUACUUAAAUAAGAAUGUUGGUUUUGAGAAAUCAUAGCAUUUUAAACAAAUUGUGGAUCUUCUCCUUCCAAAAAAACCAUUAGGACCACAUCUGGAAUUAAGAUUUAAUAUUAGUGAGAAUGAGUGGUUUUAUUUAAUUUUCCCUUAUAAGCAAAGGAGACAGUAACCUUAAUAAACUCAUAGGGGCCUUGGCCACAUCAGGUAAUGGGGUUAUGAUGUCCAAGAUUGCAUGGAUCACAUUGGUGGUGAGAGCAGACCCAGAUGUUUAGUCCUCACUCUGUCACCAUCUGAGGAGGUGACCUUGGACAACUCCCUUCCUCUCUCUGGGAUUUAAUCUUUUUCAUCUGUAAAAUAUGCAGGUAGUACUCGAGGGUCUACAGGAUCCCUUCUAGUUGAAACAUUUAUAGUUCACAGAAAGUUUGCAGUCUUCCAGGAUAACCAGCCCCCGUUGCAUGAGACAAGCAAAAAAUGGGUCCAUGAAGUUGGAUGCUUUUGCCAUCCAAACUUUACAACAAACAUUAUCUGGCUCUGUAAUUGAGAGCAGUGGGCUUGGUUUUAAACCUAGCGUUGAUUUGUUUAUUUAUAGAUAACUGUUGUGGAAGGUGAUAGGACUAGUCAUGGAGUUUGAUCAGACAUCUCUUGAGAGGGACUGAACUGUUGACUUCUGGUUAGAAGUGCUUUGGGCAGUCACAUAAAGAAAUGAGCAGUGAGAAAUCAGGAGAAAUUAUGACUCCUGUUGGGCUUUCUGGACUAGCAUUGUAUGUUUUUGGGUUGCAGAAAAGUUUUUACACCACGUCUUAGAAUAUAAAAAUUUUCCAGUUGUCAUGGAGGUCCACAAAUUCUUUACCAUGGGUUUAUAUGCCCAAAGCCACAACAGAGGACUUAAGUUCAUUUUGUAAUACUGUAUGAAUGUUGCCCCAUUCUAUUCAGUUGUCAUUCCACCCAAACCCAUGUGUAGGUUUCCACAUGGAAAGGAGAAGGCAUCCAUUCCACCUAGACAUUGAAUAGAGAUGAUAAACUAAAAGUGGGCAGAUUUUCAGUGGAGCGAGAGCAGAAAUAUGCGGCCAAAGAAUGUUUCCUGAUUGGUUUUGCUGCUUUAGACUGCAGUGGGGAGACCUUAUGUAGAUUUUCAAAACUUUCUCCCUCUUUAAGGCAUCAUAAUGCUCUCGGUUUUGAUAAUAGCUGACAUAAAGGGAGGUUGACUUAAAAAUGGGAAUUUCUCCUUCCAAAAAUGCUACACUCUUCCUAUCCAUCCUACAGCUUCUUUAUGAAAUAAGAGAGGCCCUCCUGCUAGAAUAUGAGAUGCAGAAGACCUCAUGACUUUCAGCUGAUUUUUCAAAGAUAAAGUGAACUGUUCAGCUUCAUAGAAAUUCAUGCGAGUGUGACUGAACUUGUGUGUGUACACAUUCGUGCACAUUGGACUCAUUUGGGCAGUUUUAAAAGCUUCACACUAAAUCCAAAGCCUCAUCUUUUGGGUCAUAUGUAGUCAUUUGUAAAAUCAAUUUCUGGCUUCUGAGUCAUCCUGGUCAUAUCUCUAGCAAUGUUUUUCUUGAAAUUCUGAAAAUGAUUCACAUGUGUGUGUAUAUUUAAUUCACUUAGAUGAUCUGUAAACUUGGAUGGUAUUUAUUCUAAAUGGGGAAAACAAUUUUAUAUGGAAAAAUCUAUGUAAUUUAUAAUGGUUUUGUUUUAUAUAUUAUAUUUUCAUAUCUUUAGGGCACAUCUACUAUCCUCAUCUUUUUGUAUACCAUACUUAGCAAAAAGAAAUACUAAUACUUGACUAAAAUCUCUAGGAACCAAAUGUGAUACAUGUGAUAUAUAACUUACAGAAAUUGCUCUAAAAAUCUCUGAAUGUCUCAUCCAUCCCAAGCAUUAUUGUGCUGUCAUUAUGUCCAGAAUGAUUUGUCUUGGACGCUUAUGAGCAUUCCUUUUUCACAACUAAGGCUGAAAGACCUGACAUCUCACACAAUGGAGUUCUGGAAUUCCCCUUUCCUCCUUUAUCUGUUUUUAUUGUUUGUUUCAUUUUUAAUUGCACCAGUCUAUGUUGUCUAAACUUUGUUUUGAAGGGCAAAUGUGAGAUAACAAGAAAUCAAUGUGAUGGAAAGACUGGAUGAAUUUAACUAUGGCUAUGUAAAUUAUUUUAAUGGACUGAUAAGAUGUUUCAAGUCUAAUGCUUGGAUCUUUAUUUACUGGUGAUCUAGGAUCUGCUCAGCUCUUUAGCACAUGAAGAAAAUCAGGUACAAAGGACAUUUGCAUGUUUUGAACAGCACGCUCUAAGCCCUGUGCAGCCGACACUAAUUAACUUGACUGUAGAAACACCAAUUCCAGCUGCUGGAAGAAAUGGUUUAGAAAGGCAAACCAGAUACCUUUUAUUCUGCCCUAGGAAAUACAGUGUUGAUCAGUGCUAAAACUCUUCAGUGGCAGUCACUGGUUCUUUUAACUGGGGAUUUCCUUUCAGUGUUUCAUUUGGUACCAAAACGGAGCAUUUACCUUACAUUUCAGAUACCCUGUUUUCUCAGCAUUGUUCAGAUAACUUUCCUUUACCGCUCUUCACAUACCGUUUGGCAUUGAGUAAUUCCAUAAAUGUUUCUAUUCUUGGUUUUUAAACCAAGUUAUUCAUACUCUUAAAAUAUCUACCAAAUCUCAUUGUAUUUUCACAUAUUUUGAGCAUCAAGAUACUGGUCAUUUUAAAAAAUCCUUCAGUAAAUAACACAGUUUAUUUUCCUAAUGACAUUUUUAGGGUUUCUUCAUUGAUCAACCAGGUUCGGGUUACACAAAUCAAUUGUGGGGGAAAAAUCAAAUAAAACAAUUGCUUAUUAUAUUUUCCAAAGGACUGAGCAUUUAUCUUUUAUUCACGAAGAUAUCAUAUGAGGAUGACAAUGAUCUUUAACAGAUUUUUUAGAGAUGGAAUUUAUAAAGAGGCUAAUACUAAGAAUACUACAAUCAAAAUUGAAGUAGAGAAUGUAAAAAUAGAAAGUAAAUAGUUCUAAGAAUAUUCUGGCAUAAAUUGUUUUUAUUUAGCCAAUAAAAUAGCCUCCAAAUGUAUAUCUCAGACACCAUAGAGCUGCUAACAGUGAGAGUCAAGGAAGAUGCUUGCAUUUAGGUUUCGUUUGUUGUAUUUCAGUAGUUCUGGAUGUCCUUUGUUAAAAUUGGAAAAUGGAAAAAUGUCUCAACAGAAAUGUCAAUCUGGUGAUUUUGUGAACUGUAAAAUGUUCACUUUUAAAAAUAAAGAUGUAAACAAAUGACUCAUAUAAGUUGGUAUUACAGUAGCAAAAACAGAAAACCGUGUGAUCCAUCCUGUAUUUUGAUUGAUGCUUUAAUAAAAGGUUUGCACAGCUGUGUGGAA